GGGGCGAUGGCGAAGCUCCGGGUGGCUUACGAGUACACGGAAGCCGAGGACAAGAGCAUCCGGCUCGGCUUGUUUCUCAUUAUCUCCGGCGUCGUGUCGCUCUUCAUCUUUGGCUUCUGCUGGCUCAGUCCCGCGCUGCAGGAUCUGCAAGCCACGGCCGCCAACUGCACGGUGCUGUCGGUGCAGCAGAUCAGCGAGGUGUUCGAGUGCACCUUCACCUGUGGCGCCGACUGCAGGGGCACCUCGCAAUACCCCUGCGUCCAGGUCUACGUGAACAACUCGGAAUCCAACUCCAGGGCGCUACUGCACAGCGACGAGCAUCAGCUCCUUACCAACCCCAAGUGCUCCUAUAUUCCUCCCUGUAAGAGAGAAAAUCAGAAGAACUUGGAAAGUGUCAUGAAUUGGCAACAGUACUGGAAAGAUGAGAUUGGUUCCCAGCCAUUUACUUGCUAUUUUAACCAAUAUCAAAGACCAGAUGACGUGCUCCUGCAUCGUACGCAUGAUGAGAUUGUCCUCCUGCACUGCUUCCUCUGGCCCCUAGUGACAUUUGUGGUGGGCGUUCUCAUUGUGGUUCUAACCAUCUGUGCCAAGAGCCUGGCAGUCAAGGCAGAAGCCAUGAAGAAGCGCAAGUUCUCUUAAAUGGGAUAGCCUUAUGGGAAGCAAAGCACAGAAGCUGCACGCCUGGGCACAUGUCCACCUGCAGAGCCCGUGUUUCCUGGAGCAGGAGAUGGAAGGGGCUGAGACAGGUCUCCGAGAGCCUCCUCCCUCAGUGGCAGCAGAAACAGGCACAACUGGAAGACUUGGAACCUCAUAGCUUAUAUUCCAUGUGUCGUAGCAAUGGCUAAAGGGUCAAGCUCUUAGCUAUAUGGAGUAACUGUUUCAGAAAACCCUAUAAGAAGUUGAUUUUCUUUGGAAAGUAACAGUAUAUUAUUUGUAUAGUGUAGUAUACAAACCAUUAUGAUUUAUGCUACUUAAGAAUAUUAAAAUAAGAGUGGUCUGUGUUCUUUUCUAUUUCCUUUUUUUUAUGCUUAGAACACCAGGGGUUUUAAAAAACAAACAAGGUUUUCUGCUUUUCAUUUGACUCUGCUAAAUUUAACUUUUACUUGACAGCAAGGAUUUCUGCAGAAGCCUUGAUCAUACUGUAUAACCUUCAGUUUCCACAAUUAAAGAGUAUCUUUUGAUUCCUCCUUGAAGAAUGAAUUAUGCACUGGUAAUUCCAGUUAUUUCUGUGUCUCCAUGUCCUCUACCACCUGCCUAGGCCUCACCCAUUAUUUUUUACUUCUUAAGAGAGUGAGACGAUUCUGAAGAAGGCCUGUCCACACUCUAAGAGCACAGGGCUCCUUGAUUCAUCCAUUCAUGUUAUUUCUGAUGAAUUUUUAUUUUAUCUCUGUGCACUCUAAUAUACAUGAUAUAAAGGACACUCUUCAGCUUACAAUUAAAGGCUGUUUUCUGUUUUUAAAUUUUAGGUCAAAAAAUAAUGCAAAGUCAGUUCAGAGCAUUUUUUUCUUUUUCUUUGUCCUUGAUUUGAUGUUCUGGAGGUAAUACAGGGAGAUUGCCACAGUUUCAUUUACUUAGACAAAUCUGGAGAUGUAACCCAGCUCCCACCACUGCUGCUGGGCUUUCUGUGCCUUGACCAAAAGGUCAUCAGAGAGACCAUACUUCUUUGCACCUGUUCAUAAACUCAGAUUCCAAAUACCAAUCACAGGUCUCAGUAAAUAUCAAAAUUAUAUUCAUUUACCAUGUAGAACCAAACCUUUGUUUAAAUGAAAUGUAGAUUUUUUAAUGGAGGAACCACUGACAAUAGUUCUUUCUGCUUCCUUUGCAUAUUCCACGGAUAUGUUUCUAUUAGGAGAAAGGCAAAUUGGAAUGUAAGGACAAGUUCCCUUCAAUUAUUCCCAUAGGAUUCAAAAAAAGAUCUGAAUUAUUGGGAAUGAUGAUUUCCUGACUUUUGGUCCAUAAACCAAUGUUUAUUUUACAAUGUAAAUUUUUGAGAGCAUUAUAAUUCUCUAUGAAAGAAAGUUGGAUGAGUCUGAUCACUUUUUUUUUCCCUAAUUCAAGCGUUACAGGUUUCACUGUGAAAAAGGCCUUGAACACACUAUUUAUGACAUCCUUUGAAGUAGCUACAGUGCCUUGACUUCAAUCCCAGUUUUCUGUUGCCGUGUCCCUGUUGUCUUAGCAACACAGUGACUAUUCUGAAGCAAGUAAUAUGAAACUGGGAAUCAGAGAAAAUCAUCAUCUUUGCAUUACAUGGGUGGGGAGAUGAAGUCUACUCUCUUCAUAUUAUCUUUAUCCAAGAGUCCAUGAUUACUUGAUGACAGAGAGUAGAUAAAAUUUAACAGUGCACGGACAUAUGUUCAUCUUGAGAAAAGGAAAGUUGAUAUAUAUCAAUCUGAGUUUUCAUUUGUCAGUUUGAUACUCAUGGUUUAUAUUAACUAAAUGCUUCCACUUAGGCUCAAAGAGCAUGUACAACUGUAUUGUAUGGGUUGAUUUUGGGGGGCAAGAGAAGAACACUGAAUCCAGGAGGUCUUACGUAGUUUUAGAGUCUAACUUGCUUAUAGCCAGUUAAAUUUGAGGCUCCUUAUUUAUACUUAACAAAGGUAAAGCCCAAAGAAGCAAGGAAAGGACCUUUAAGGUUAUAAAAGGCAAAGAAGCUUAACUUCUUAAUAUUUUCAUUCUCUUUUUGUAUAUAUCAGAAAAUGGACCAAGCUGCUAUAACAAAGAGGCCACAAAAUGGGAUGGCUCAUGUAAGAUAGAAGUUUAUUUCUUCCUCAAAAUGCAACCCAGAAGUAGUCUAUGAGUUGAGAGUCGGUAGGCCAAGUCUCUUUCACAUGGUAAUCAAGGGAUCCAGGAUUCACCUACCUGUUCUUCUCUCAUUACCAAGGGAGUUGUUCAUUCCAUGGUCAACAGGUCUCAGAGAAAUGCAUCUACUUUAUAAUUUGGAAAAAAAAAAAGGAAGUUGGGAGAAGGUAUUUCUUUUUAAGGAAGUUUCAUGCAUCACUUGUGCCCAAAUAUGUUCUUCUUAUUACCUAGCUUCAAGGAAGGCCAGGUUAUGUUUCCAGCUAGACAUGUACCCUAAUAUACUUCAGGGGGAGUAUUUCUAAAAGGUAAAAAAGGAGAGAAUGAAUAUAAAAUAAAAGACAAGAAAGAUGGACAGCACUCAGUGGCCCACAUCAUGAUGAAAAUCUGCUGAGCAGGCAUGGGAAAGAUUCCUCGCCCUGCCAGAAGGUCAAGUCCUUCUUGGCUGAACUGCAGAUCUGCUCUCUGGAAGAAACUCCCUUGUCCUUUGGGCUCUGUGGCCCCUUAAUUUGAACUCUAGAAAUGUUUUGCUAAUCAACUCCCAUGGUCACAUCUGAAACUUUUGAGGGGUCUUACGGCUUUAGCAGCUCCCUUUCUGCUGGUGCAGACUUAUAGACCUAGAUUACCUUAGGGAAUUAAACAACAGGCCCUUACAGGCCAGGAUUAUAGCUCACCAGUCUGUCAAAAGACUUCAACUCCUUUUUUGAUGUUGCUAACUGCUUUAAGCUUCACCAUUUCUCUUUCCCUCUGUGCUUCGCAUCUGGGCAAGCCCGUGGAAGCCUGGGUGACGCCUCCUUUGGGCCCAGCAGGAAGUUCAAAUCACCCAAACCCUGGCCUGCUUGCAGGAACCUUCACCCCAGCCUCAGACUCCAAGAACAAUAAUAAAAGCCAAGCCAGUUCUGGACCCACUUGGGGAGUCUACUGUGUCUCCCUGGAAAGUCUCUGUAUAUGAAUAAUAAACCUUUCAUACCCUU